AUGGCAAGCAAAUCAUCGAUUUCUCAUUCAACAAUUGCCAGUGUUGCAAAACAACGCGUUCAGGAAGAGCUGAAGAAGAUUUCUACGACGAAAAUUGAGUCACGUGACCUUCAAAAGUUACGCGAAGAAAUUAUUCCUCCAAAAACUCCCUUAACAAAGCAGAAGGAAAUUGUCACGGAAAAAGCUGAAAAGCACGAACUUGACUUAGGAACGAAAUUCACUUCAUUAGACUUACUUCAAGAUACCAUCAAAGGUUUGGAAGACGAAGUUUCACGUCUCAUGGAGGAAAGUAACCAAGCUCAAGCUGAACUGAAACGAAAGCGUCAAAAGAUGCAAGAUGGUUUGAUGGAUCUGUUACGCCUUCAAAAGCUAAUUGAACAAAUCAACUCCGAGAUGAACGAAAAAACUUCAGAGUUCAAUUCAAAGAUGGCGGAAAUGGAGAAGAAACGUUUAGAGAUCAUGGAAGAUCCGAACCUCACGGAAGAUCAAAAGCUUGAACUACUGAAGAAGGUUGAAGAAGAAGUUACGGAGUUGAAAAGAACUCACGAAAGUGCCUUAACUCUCCUUCAGAACGAAAAAGAAAAGCUCAAAGAUGAAGCUCGAACAGAAGCAAAAGUACUUCAAAAAGCAUUUCAUGAUUUAGAGAAGGAUCACUUGAAUGAACUUCAGGAAUUGGAAAAUGCUAAAGUUGGAGCUUCGCCUUCUGAAGUCCUCAGGAUUGAAGAACAAAUUUUCGAGAAGAAGAAGCAGUUUGAACAAAAGAAACAUGUGAUGGAAAAAAGUGCAUCUUCGAGAAAGUAUUUCUUUGAUGAUGAAGGAAGAUUUUACUUGGAUGAAAAUGGCGAAAAAGUUUACAAACUUCAAGGUACAACAUCUUCUGAAAUGGAAGUUGAUUCAAAAGGCAAUUUAAGAUCAAAGUUUGAAGUUAAAAUCAAACAUGAAGUUGAAUCUGAAGUUGAUUUGAAAGAAAAACUUCAAAGAUCUUCAGAGAUCAAUCCUGAUCGCAGGAUUCAUAAACUCAAAACAGGUUUCAUGAAGCUUUUGAAACAAGAUGAACUCAUCAAAGCUGUUGAUCAGAGGAUCUUGAAGGAUCCCAAUCAGGCAUCUCUUAAAAUUGAAAAGGAAACUCUCAAAGAUGAAGCUCGAAUUGAAGCUCAAAUCCUUCAAACGAUCUUUCAUGAUCUCGAAGUUGAACAUAUUGAAGUUCUUCAAGAAGUUGAAAAGUUGAAUCUUGGAGUUCCAACUUCUGAUUUACUCAAAAUGGUUGAACAUUAUUCAAAAGUUCGAAAGUAUUUCUUCGACGAGAACGGAAUUCGAUUCUAUCUCGACAAAAACGGGCAACGAGUCUUCGGAGAUGUUUCGCCGCUUGAAUCUGCAACUUCCGUUGCCAGCAAAAUCUUACUCGGAGCUCAAGAUGAAUGCAAUAGAAGUCGUAAAAAGUUGAAAUGUGGUUUGUUGAAGUUAUUGAAGCUUCAAAAGCUGAUCGAACAAAUUGACAAAGAGAUUUGUGAAGAAGUUGCAAGAUCUAAAAGUCGAUCUCGAACCCCAAAAGAAGAUUGUCGACAAGUCGAGAACAAACGAAAAGUUUUAACUCAACUCGAUAAGAAACUUUCAACGUUAAAAGAUGUCAACUGUAAAGCGCAAAAACUGAAACAAAACGUUAAAGAAGUUGAUCAAAAGGUUCGGGCAAGUAGUUCGAAGUCUCAAUCUCGACCUUCGACAGCUCGAACUUCAAGACCUUGUUCGAAACAAGAGACGCGAACUUGUGCUUUGACUUGUCUUCAAAGCAAGAAGGAAAAAUUGAAGGAUGAAGCUCGAAUUGAAGCGCAGAUUAUUCAAGCAGCUUUGCACGAAUUGAAAGAAAAGAAGAAGAACAUUUGUAAAGAGCUGGAAAAUUUGAAUAUUGGACCUUCUCCUGCUGAAUUGAUGAAACUUGUGAAAGAAACAGUAGCUGCCAAUAAAUACUUCUUCGAUGAACGGGGAAGGUUUUAUUUUAAUCAGAAAGGAUGUCGAAUUUACAAACAGGAUUCUUGUACGUCGUCGUUUAUGAAUUGUGGAGCAUGUUCGGAUCCUUCAAGCUUUGAUUUUAGCGGGAUUUCAGAAGAUUUUUGUUUUGAACCUGCUCAAAACCCCGACAUCGACUAUUUAAAACAAACUGUUGGUCCUGCUUUACGCUGUGGUCUUGCCAACAUGACAAUGACAAAUCCUCCUGAUCCAAUCAACUACCUUGCCAACUAUUUGCUUCAAUUUCGUUGCAACGAAAUCCGUUCGCAGCGUCAAAAAGCUGAAGUUGAAGAAAUCCUCAAGUUACGUCGUGAAAUUUUCUGCGAGAAAAAACAAGAAAAUUCUGCAAAAACCGUCAAAUGUCCCGGAAUCGCACGAAAAACGUCCGAAUUCAAGUGA